AUGUGGCCGGUGCAGGAGCCGCCGAUUGAUAAGGAACUCGAGGUGGCUCGCAUUCUGUGCGAUCUCGACGAAUUCCACCUCAAGGACGAAUUCCGCCGCAGCAACUUAUCCCUCGUCGCCGGCAUGCCUAGCUGGGGCACCAAGAAGCCCCCGACUCUUCGUCACAAACCGCCCGGUCCUCUCCCUCCCCCUCCUCCUACUCUUCCAAGUCCACCUUCUGUCCCUUCCCCUCCCCCUACUCUUCCAAGUCCACCUUCUGUUCCCCCCCCUCCCCCUCCCCCUCCCCCUCCUCUUCCAAGCCCACCUUAUAAUGUUCCUCCUCCCCCGCCUCCGAUAGCCGAAAAGGAGGGAGGAGAGGGCUGCGGGCGCCCGCGCUCCCCCAGCCCCGUUACUUCGUUGUCGUUUCGUGGGAGCAGAGUCGGCGGCGACAACGACGACGCCGGGCCGAGCGCAGUGGCGACCUCGGAUCAGGGCAGGCAUACGGUGGAAGACGACACCGGGUCGAACGCGGCGCUGCCCUCACUUCCGGGGAAUCGUCCUGAGCACAACGACGCGGUGGUGACCUCGGGUCAAGGGUGGCAUUCUGUGGACGACGACGUCGGGCCGAGCGCGGCGGCGACCUCGGUUCCGGGGAAUCGUUCGGAGCACGACGACGCGUUGGCAACCUCGGGACAGGGGACGCACAAUGUGGACGGCGACGCCGGGCCGAGCGCUGCGCCGCCCUAG